UGGCAAGGGGAGGAGGGAGCUUCGCAGCCCGUCCUUCUAACUGGUUUGUCCCUCCAGCCGACCUGUAGCGCUUUCUCCUGUUCCCCCUCCAUCAUGGAAGGAGCCGCGGCCUCCUCCGAGGCUCUGCGCUAUGCCGAAUACGCCAGAGUCCCUGCGGGUGCCGGCAAGGGACAAGCCGAGCUGGACCGAGGGCUGGCCAGAACAAUGAUAGCUGUUGGACUUGGUGUUGCAACUGUUGCAUUUGCAGGUCGUUAUGCUUUCCAGCUUUGGAAGCCGUUGGAACAGGCAAUUACAGAGACAGCAAAGAGGAUUUCAACUUCUAGUCUUUCAUCAUACUAUAAAGGAGGAUUUGAACAGAAAAUGAGUAGGCGAGAAGCUAGUCUUAUUUUAGGUGUAAGUCCAUCUGCUGACAAGGCCAAAAUCAGAACAGCCCAUAGAAGAAUCAUGAUUUUGAAUCAUCCUGAUAAAGGUGGAUCACCUUAUUUAGCAACAAAAAUAAAUGAAGCGAAAGACUUGUUGGAAUCCAGUGCCAAAAACUGAAAUCCACAGCCUUGGGUCGUAGGAGAUUCAGCAGAUACAUUGUGCAACAGCUUCAUUUCUGCUUGCUCGGCACAGUUUCCUAAUGCUGCAUUGAUUUUUCCUAUUUAUUUUCAUAAUUAAAAUUUAAGAUUAUUUAAAAGAAAACUGAAAUAUUUUAUGGUUGUGUAAAGUUAUAUACAGUUAUGCUCCUGUGAGGAGCAGGCAGUUGGAUUUGAUGAUCCUUAUGAGUCCCUUCCAACCCAAGAUAUUCUGUGAUUCUGUGUUUCAAUUUUAGUGUAUUUUUACUGAAUAAUGAUCCAUUAUGAGCUCUGAAAAUA